AUGAGUCGCCCUCACCGGUUGGGAUCUUCUCCUGACCAACAGCCAUUGCGUGAUGGCGACGUGAAGAAGAAGCAAGUCAUGGUUGCAAAAAUGCUCGAUGGCUGCUGGAAAUCAUGUAUAGAAGAUGAUCCAGCACUAGGUGUCCCUGUUCAUCUGAUGUUCACUAUGCCUUGGACAAGUACUAGAGCAUUUCCACACCCUCUAGCUAACCUCAGCUCAACGUCUAUGCACCCUCGGACAGCGAAUUGGGUGUCAUAUGGUGUGGUGGAGUGGCUCACUUGGCAAGGAUUGGGACAUGUUAUUAACCGCUGGCGAGAAUCGAUUAAUCUAGAUCCCGUCCCCAAUAUGGAAGGCCCCAGCUUGGCGGAAGCGUUAAACGUGCCUUUUACUUAUCGCUGGUCUCCAUCUCUGAUCCCAAAACCGCAAGAUUGGCCAUCACAUAUCGAUAUUUGUGGCUUCCUAAUUCAAGACACUCCUACGUACUACCCGCCUGUGGAUUUAGAGAAGUUCUUGCACUCUGUCGUUUUGGCGGUGGCACAAGCUGGUGUGCGAGCUAUCAUCUCGAAGGGCUGGAGUCAGAUUGUAGGGCCACCAGAUACCAACAUCUAUUACAUCGAAGAUUGUCCACACGAGUGGCUCUUCCAGCAUGUGUCAGCUGUCGUUCACCAUGGAGGCGCUGGCACCACCGCUCGUGGUUUAUCGAACAGUCGACCUUCGGUGAUUGUGCCCUUUUUUGGGGACCAGCCAUUCUGGGGUAACAUGGUCGUCAGAUCCGGUGCUGGUCCUAGACCCAUUCCAUACGCCUCUCUCACCGUCCAAAAUCUAGCGGAGGGUAUUAAAUUUUGUCUCACAAAGAAAUCAAAAGUGGCUGCGGAAUCAAUUUCUUAUAAGAUGCGGAUGGAAUCGGGAGUCAAGGCUGCCGUCAACUCGUUUCAUCGCAAUCUACCGUCAGAUAGAAUGCGGUGUGGUAUGAUACCUGGCCAGCCUGCAGUUUUGAAAUAUUCCCAGGGCAAGCAACCACUCAACCUCUCCACGGCUGCAGCAUUGACUUUGAUUGAAAAUAAUAAGGCCACGGGUAUUCUCUCUGCGGCCACAGCCACCGGCUCCAAAAUGGUGCGAUCCAUUGGCGAGAUCUUCUAUAGCCCGUAUAAACAAUAUGCACGCUCUCGGUCUCCCAUGCCAUCUGGGUCUUCGGCCCGCUCAUCGCAACUUGGCUCCGGGGGAUACUUCAAAGGGGUGGUAGUCGAUAUUCCCCAUGCGGCUGCGGAGGGAUUUCGACAGGUGACUCGGCUAUAUGGAGACAAGCCCAAGGAAUAUGAGCCUGUAAAGAAUUGGAAAAGUGGCGCAGUAUUUGGCGGUAAGAACUUUGUGGAUGGAAUGAGCGAAGGCUUCUCGGGAUUAAUUACGCAGCCUAUCAAGGGUGGCAAGGAAGAAGGAGCUUUGGGGGCUGUCAAAGGUCUCGCCAAGGGUACCAUCGGGCUGGCAACGAAAGUACCUUCAGCUGGCAUUGGAUUGGUGGCUUACCCACUUCACGGAAUCACCAAAAGCAUUGACUCGGCAUUCAGGAAUACUAUUGACAAGGCAAUUGUGAAUGCACGACUCCGAGAUGACGCAAUAAAAAAAAGAGAGAUCUCUUAA